AUGGCAGGAAGUUUUUUUCAGGCUCUUGUAUUUACGAAGCAAAAUAACUAUUUAGCAGGAGGUGUUCUAAUCAAUCGGUUCAACGUCUUGACAGUUACGCACAGGCUCGUAAAAUAUGUGAUUUUAGACAAUGCUCCAGACGUAAAAGUGCGGCUUGGUGAAUGGGACGCUGAAGGGAGCUACGAACCUAUUCCCUUCAAAGAGUUUAAUGUGUCGAAGGUGUUUACUCACCCCUUGUACAACGAAAGCUCCCUUCAAUUCGACAUCACAGUGCUUCGCCUGGAAAGCCCUGUGCCACUACCUCCAGCUAAAGAUUCUGUAUCUACGAUCAAUACAGCAUGCCUGCCUCCAACAAUGAAUAGUAGCUAUGUUGGUCAAAGGUGUAUGGUAGCAGGAUGGGGCAAGAACAUGUUUGGUGUGCAAGGCAUGUAUCAGCAAAUACUUAAAAAGGUGGAUGUGCCUAUCGUCGCCUCUGCCACAUGCCAGACGCAACUACGAACUGCCCGGCUCGGCGCUAACUUUGUGCUGGACACGACCUCUUUUAUCUGUGCCGGUGACCAGGCUAACAAGGAUUCUUGUACGGGGGACGGUGGUUCAGGACUGGUGUGCCAAGUGAACCGGCAGUGGGUGGUGGUGGGCCUGGUGGCGUGGGGCCUGGGCUGCGCCAGCGCAAACGUGCCCGGCGUCUACGUCAACGUCGCCGGCCUGUUGCCAUGGAUACAGCAACAAAUAGAUGCUGCGUGA